CCCAAUCGUUAGUCUGCCACCUCUAACUUCCAAACACAAAGAGUAAAAAAACCCUAAGUCUGUGGAAUUUCCGGAACUUUAUCUAUUUAUUGACAAUCGAGCAACCACGACAGACGCAAUAUGCCAAAGCUGAAGAACUUGCUGCCCAACAUAUUUGGCGGUAGCAAGGAGGCACCAAGCAUGCAAUCUGAGGGGCGACUUGAAACAGAUGCAGCGCCUGUCGAUGAUAGCGAGGCAGAUAACAAUAAUAGUGGAGCCUUGGCGCUGCCGUCCAUCAGGACCCCGACAGCCUCAGCGGAUCUGACGGAAUCGGUAUUGCGGGAGCUUUCCGACCCAAACUACAACUCCAUGGAUGUUGUGCAGUCCGCCAACAUUCCUGGGACCGGCGGGGACCUCAGCACAGUCAACACGAACAACACCAUGAACGUCCACAGUGCACAGCAACAGGUGGUUAUGAACUUCUCAAAUGCAAGCAAUCUACACUUUGGCUCCGUGUACAACUUUAACCAAAAUCUAAGCGCCAGCAGCUCGCGGAAGAGCAGUACAAGCACAAUUGACGAGGUGGCGGCCUCGCCAGACGGUAAACGUUCCAAUGGUACGCGCAAGACUGUCAGCAUAGUGGCCAUGAUGCAGUCUCAGGAUGAGCCGGAUCCGCGGCUGCUGGACGCGGUGGCUACCCAUUUGGGCGAGGGAUGGAAGCAGGUGAUGCGGGACUUGGGCCAUUCUGAGGGCCAGAUUGACCAGGCCAUAAUUGAUCAUCAAAUGCACGGCAAUAUCAAAGAGGUGAUUUACCAACUUCUGCUCCAAUGGGUACGGAGCUCUGAGAGCGGCGUGGCUACCGUCGGACGACUCACAACGCUGCUUUGGGAGUCACAGCAUCGCGAUUGCGUGCAGCGCUUGAAACUGGUUUGGAAGGCAUUAGAGAAGCGCAAGAAGAACAGUUAGCUGAAUGAUCACGUCCACUCCAAACGAAAAUGAUCUAUACGAUGCACUCUUUCAACGAUCAACCCCCUUGGAAAGAGCAAGCUUUAUUAAAUUCUUUGUUUACUGACAUGUGUAAGCUGUUUAAUCAGGCCUCUCUUUAAACGACAGAGAGAGGGGCCAGCAUUCAACCAUUUGUGCAAUAUUUGUUUAAAUAAUCCAAACAUUCGAAUAAGUACAUAGAACUUUGUCCUAAAUCAUUUAUAAACCAGUUUGCCUUUCAGAUGUGAUAUUUUUUCGUAAAAGGGCCCACAUAACCACAAACAUACAAUGUACUAAAAAAUGAAUUUUGAAUUUUGAAA